AGAAAAAACAAGACCACAUUGCGAAUUCGACCUUAAUCAAAACUCAAGAAACUCCUGAGAAACGUUACCGUACUCCGCGCGGGAUUCGAUUGAAAGAAAUCGUCGAGGAGAGAUACAUUUUGUCGACCAACUUUAUUUUGAUCUAACGUUAGGCCUACCGUUAGAUGUCCCAGUUUUUAACAAUAACUUUUUACAAGGGUCUUUUAUUUUUUAGCUUAGCCCGCCUUGGCUUAGUUAGGCUUUAUAGCUAAACCAAAGACAAGUUAUCAUCAGCUCACCAGCCCAGGUCGCAGUGCACUCAGGCUCAAGGUCUGGAGAGCUCUGCAUGCCAUUCGUCUUCUCCGCGUGUGAUUGUCCCUUUGCAAUUAAUUACCCAGGAUGUCGACUGUGUUUCUUCAUGUUGGCCAGUGUGGCAACCAACUUGGCCAACAGUUCUGGCAGCUUGUCCAACAGGAUGAUGAAGCAAAAUGUACUUUUUACCGGAGAGAUCAGAAGCUUCCCUCUCUUCAUGUCGAUACAGAAAAGAAAGUGAUCGCUAAACUUUUGAGAAACAGUAAACAACUUCCUGUAAGAGAGAAAAAUGUCAUCUUGAGCAAACAAGGCAGAGGAACAAACUGGGCCAUGGGUUACCACGGGACAUCCACCAAUCCUAGUGAGAGUAUGAUUGAGGUUACCCUUGAAGUGUUGAGGAAAGAGGUGGAACGAUGUGAUUCAUUCUGUGGAACAGUUAUGAUGCAUAGUCUCAGUGGUGGAACAGGAUCAGGCCUUGGUUCUCAUCUGUGUGAGGCUGUGCGAGACACCUACCCAAUGGCAUACAUCCUAGACGUAGCUGUAGCACCCCACACCCAAGGAGAGAGCCCUCUUCAACAUUAUAAUAAUCUGUUCUGCCUUGCUUGGCUUCAAAAAUUUGCAGAUUGUGUUAUCCUGUAUCAUAAUGAUGAAGUUUUGCAUCAUCUCCAAGGCUUGAAUAUCACCAAGGGCAACCGUGAUGCUGCGAAUGUUGAUAUCAAAAUGAUGAAUAAGUACAUCACAGACUCCCUGGCAGGUUUGCUGUGCCCCAUUUCAAGCAAUACAACAAGAAGUGGUAUAUCUAGUGGAAAUGAACCAUGGGAGUUGUUGAGAUCUGUGUCUCCGAUGCCUGCACAUAAGUUUCUGCAUGUCUCCCAUGUAAUGAAAAGUAAAUCCACAUGGGAGGCAAUGACUACCAAUCUAAUCCAGAGUGCUGUCAGAUACGACACAGAUGGACAACAUUAUUCUUCGCUUGCAUCACUGGUAGCAGUAAGAGGAGACCCAACAUCUACCUUUAUGACCAGUCUUUCAGUCAUUGAGAGAAAACUCAAAGCAGCUCUUGGCUUUGUGGAGUGGAAUCCGUUCCCCAUUGACUUUUGGAUAGGAAAGCAGCAAGGAGUUUUACCAAAGGACACGUCUUCCAUGACCAUGUGUGUGAAUACUAGUAGGAUUGUGAGCAUGAUGCAGAGGGUACAGUCGAGAGCACGUUCCAUGUAUGAUGCCAGAGCUUUUCUACACUGGUACCAAAGAUACAGCUGUGAUGAGACGGAAUUUGAAGAGGCAUUUGCAACAGUGAAUCAAGUCAUCAGGGACUAUGAGAGUGCUGCUGAAGGUUGAGGAGUGAUGAUCAGAGACAGAGAUGGUCCAAAGCCAGUCUGGUGGUUUGUUAGUGAUUGGAGAGUCAUCAGAGACUAUGACAGGGCUGCAGAAGGUUGAGGAUCAAUGAGCUUAGCACUGGAUGACAGAAAUGGUCCAAAGUAAGUCUGAUCAUAUCUUGUUAAUAAGAGAGAGAUCAGAUACGAGACAGCUGCUGAAGGUUGAGGAUUGAUGAUCAAAGACAUAGAUGGUCCAAAACAAAUCUGGUGGUUUGUUAGUGAUUGGAGAGUCAUCAGAGACUAUGACAGGGCUGCAGAAGGUUGAGGAUUAAUGAGCACAGCACUGGAUGACAGAGAUGGUCCAAAGUAAGUCUGAUCAUAUCUUGUUAUAUGAGAGAGAUCAGAUACGAGACAGCUGCUGAAGGUUGAGGAUUGAUGAUCAAAGACAUAGAUGGUCCAAAACAAGUCUGAUGGUGUGUUGGUGAUUACAGAGUCAUCAGAGACUACGAGAGGGCUGCAAAAGGGUGAUGAUUGAUGAGCACAGCACUGGAUGACAGAGACUGUCAAGAGCAAGUCUGAUUGUGUGUUGUGAGAUCAAAGAAUACGAAAGUGCUGCUGAAGGCUGUACGUUGAAGGAUUUAUCAACACAACACAUCACAGCAGAGUGCAGAAAUGGUCCGUACAGGCUCAAGUAAGAAGUGUAUGAGUGGUAGGAUAUACAAGUUCAGAAAGAAAUCAGAAUAAUUAUUAUUUGGAGAGUGUGUAAUUGACCUUGCUUACGAGUGAAAGGGGGAAAAAGGAGGAAAAUUAUCUAGUAGUUUGUGAUAAAGUUUGUUUCAACUUUAUCAGACUGGGCUGAUGGUAUAACAGGUUUUUCAUGGAUCAGGAAUUCCUGAAAAUCAGAGUCUAUGUCACAUUCUUCUUGAAAGUCUUCAGAAGGAUUUAUUCAAGAUGUGUUUUGAAAAUGUCAGUCACCACUCUAUGUUUUUUGCAUUAGCCCUACAAUGCAUUCAUGGUACUUACUUAGGUCAACUUUAUAACUCUCUCAAGCAGUCUCCUUUUUAAUGAUUUUUUUUUUACAAGCAUGGCUAAGAAUAAGCAUAGCAUUUAUGACAUGAGAUCAGUGAAUCUUAGAGAUUUGUAUUGUUUGAUGUCAUAGCAAAAGUCAUGCAACUUUGAAAUGAUGUUAUGACUUGUAAAUUUGUAGCAACGUAGUACCCAUCUGAACCAUCUAAAAUUGUACUUGCAAGGUUAACAAUUGCCAGUGUGAUUCUCUCUAGUGAAUUAGAACUCUACUCUGAAACUCUUAAUACUUGAUACAGAUUUUACCUCCCAUCCAAACAAUUCCAAUCAGGUAUUAUAUUUAAAUCUUUGAAAAAAAUUUAGGCCAAAUCUAUCGCAACAGAAGUGCUCUCAGUUGGCAUUCAAGAGACAAGUUUCAUAAUGUUUUGAAUUCAUGCAUUUUUAUUCUCUACAAGUAAAGUACUUUUUACCUUGUAGUUCCCCAAAUGGGACAGUAUUCACAAUGUCAAAUUUGGGAGAUAUGCCACUUGCAUGAACAUGUCAGCUGUUGCAAUGCUUGAUAAUCACCAACAAGCUUUUUAGUACAUAGGGAAAAAUCAUUAGGAGAUCUUGCAUUAAGUAUGAAUACAUUAAAACACUUUGAAAAUUUGAUAACAAAUUCACAUUAAACACAAUCAUCUUGGUAUAAAAAGCGAAAUCACUGAGAUUUUUUUUUCUUUUUUUUUUUGCGUUAGGCAUACAGUUUCCUGAUAUACUUUUCUUUAUUAUUAUACUUAUGUUAUGUUAUGUUAUCUAUGUAAAUUCAAAUUUUCAGAUGCGUUUUUCUCAAAUUGGACUUGCUGCACAUAAAGUGGUAUAAAAAGUUAGUGCUGCAUUGGAUCAUCCUAGUUUUUUAAUUCUUGUAACAUCAAUGCUGAAAUCAAUCAC